UUGUAUGUAUCAUUUCCUACUUUUCUUUCUCUCUCUCUAUCACUCUUUUGCUGUCUUUCUUCCCUUAUUUAUACAUAAUGUUAUCUUUGUAUGAUUCGGUUAGCUUUAAAGAGAAAAAAUACACAAUGAAAUUAUUAUAAAAAAAUAUGCCAAUCAUAUAGUGAAGAGAACUCGUCACAAAAUGGUUACAUUUGGAUAGAUUCUUUUGAUCCCGAUUUGUUUCCUCAUCUUCGUCAUCAUCAUCAUCAUCAUUAUCAUGUUAGAUACUCAUCGAAUUAUGAUGAAACAUAACUAUCGAUGAUCGAUGAAAUCAUUGAAUAAUACUAUGUUUGUUCUUAAUUUAGUUUGGAAAACCCGGCGAAAAGACAAAGAUCCGAGUCCAUCACAACAAGAAGAAACCAAACAUUAUCUUCAUAGCGCCAUGCUUGAAUGCACAACAUCGGAAGCCAAAUUAAGGGAGAUUGUCAAUCUAGCCGAAGGUUUGGAUUAUAACGAAUGGCUUGCGUCACACACGAUUGCUUUUUUUGAACAUAUUAAUCUACUAUAUGGUACCAUUUCCGAGUUUUGUUCAAUGUCUGGAUGUCCGGAUAUGAGUGGUCCAUGUAAUCGACAAUACUUAUGGGUGGAUGAAAAAGGUAAACGAAUCAAAUUAACUGCUCCACAAUAUGUCGAUUACGUAAUGACUUACUCUCAAAAGGCGAUUAAUGAUGAAUCAAUCUUUCCUACGAAAUUUGAUAGAGAAUUUCCUCCUACAUUCGUAUUGACUGUCAAGAAGAUAAUGAAAUUAUUGUAUCAUGUAGUGGCCCAUAUUUAUCAUUCACAUUUUAAAGAAAUAGUUUUGUUAAAUCUUCAUCCACAUUUGAAUUGCAUUUUCGCUCAUUUGAUCUUGUUCAACGAACGUUUCAAAUUAAUCGAAGAGAAAGAAGUGGAAGUUUUACAUGAUCUAGCUGUAGCUUUGCAAGUUCAUCCAUCAAGACAAACAUUAAUGGCCCAUAAUCCUAAUUCUAGUGAACAAUCUCGUUUACAAUCGGAAACUGGAGCAAUUAAUCAUCUUGACAAACAAGAUGACCGCCGAUGUAUAGUCGAUGAUACUAAUAAUAAUAUAACAAUGGCCACAGAUUAUUGUAAUCCAGAUGUCAUCACAACGCAAUGUCGAAGCAUUAGUGCACUAGAUGAUUAUCGAAACUUUGAUUAUCAAACAACGGACGAGAAUCUAGAAUAUUUGAAUGAUCAAAAGGAAAAUCAAAAUGCGUCAAAAGUGAACAAUGUUUUCGGCGUCAAUUCGCCAAUGUUGGUCGAUGAACAAUUUGUCGACGAUCCAAAAACAUUGUUUCAAGUCGAUUCUCCUGAACCUAUGAUGGUCGAACCGAUGAUGUCAUCAGAAAAUAUGCCUAAUAAGAAAUGUGCGUUUGAUAUACGGAAUUCUCUUAGGGAAAGAAGCAUCUCAGCAAAUGCAGUGCUUGCUACAUGUAAAUCAUUUGAGACAUUCACUACUUCUCCAAUCACUCGUCGUUCGAAUUCGGAUCGUACUUCGGCAAAAAGCAAUUCGACAUUAUUUUUCUGUGCUUCGAAUAAAGACGAAAAACCACUGUCACUUGAUCGUGAUGAUCAUUUAUUUCAAUCAAACACAAAUUUUCCUAAUACUGAAGAAACAUGCUAACUGAACUAAUGAUGAAGAUUCGUUUAUUCAUUUGGCAAUUAUUUUUUAAUUCGAUUCGAUCUCGAUUUGUUUCGACAACAUUUGUUUGCUUGAUUGUUUUAUUUUUUCUUUAUCGAAUUUCUUAUUCGUCAAUCACUCUCUUAUGCCUUAUUCGAAAUUUUUUAGUCAUUUAUAUUAUACGUUAUAAUUCGCUUGAUGAUGGUCGAUUCUCUUUCUUUCUCUCUUUAUCACUCUUAAGAUAAAAAACGAUAGUGGCGAUAAACAACAAAAAACAUCCAUAUCAUUAUCACCAUCACAUAUUUAAACAGCCCCUUCUAUUACUUUAAGAUAAAUUUAAGAAAAGAAUCAUCAUUCGUAAUAAUGUUUUAUUGUUAUUUCUGCUUAUUCGAUUGUAUCUAUUUUAUCGCUUUUAUUCUAUUCGGUCAACAUUAUCUGUGAUUUCAUUGGAUUAUAUAUGACUCUAAUCAAAUUA